AUGUCGUGUGUCUCCAAGAUAAACUACGAAUGUGCGUGGCCUUCUAGGUAUUUAACUGAUCGCCUAUCGCGUCUUGCGGAUCGCCUUGCUUUCCAGAUUGUCGACCACCCAGAUUUCUUCCUGAGACGAGCUGCCUUCUUUGGAUUCUGUUUUCUGCUGGUAACCGUAGGGGCGCUCCUCUUUUCAUUUGGAUUGCCUUCUUUCGGCGAUCAAACGGUGGCAUCACGGCACCCGGACGGACCUCGUUUUGCAAGCCUCUCUCCACUGUGGGACUCCCAACCCCCCGCAAAUCUGUCUCCAAAGCGCGGGCCUACCUCUCCUUCCGCUGCCUCUGAGGAGGCACAGGUUCAACUUAUUCAGGCACUAGAGGUGCGUGCACUGGCGCCCUUACCUGCUGCAAACCAGAACUCUGGCGAAGUUCCACGCGCGUCGCCGUCGGCAAUACCUGAGCUUGUGUCGGCUCCAAAUGAAUCUCCGGUCACUGGGCAGGUGAACGACAAGGAAACUGCGUUGCAUUCCCAUCAGGUCGACGAUGAAGACCCUCCUCCUCCUCCCUCUCCGCUUUCCGCUUCUAAUCUUCUCUUCUCGUCCUUCGCGCCCCUGCGCUCUCCCCACGCAGCCUCAUCCGAGUUGUCAUCCUCUUCUCCGGAAGACGAAGGCUCUCAAUCUCGUCUCUCCAGGGCGUGGGGCGGCGACAGGGGCGGCGGCUGGGGCGGGCUGGUGGCGACCGCGGUCGGAUGGAGGGAUUCGCGGGUUGUCGCCAGGGCCCGCUCUUGGUUAGGCCGCGCCUUCCACGUGGGAUAUGCCGCAGGCCCUGCACUCUUCCUCCCGCAGAGAGGCGACGCGCGAGAGAGCGGAGAUACGCUGAAACGUUUCUUUGGAGAGGCGAAUCGCGUCACGCAGUUGCUGUACGUCAACGAGGAAACGGGACACCGACAGCACACUGAACCAGAAGCCGCCCAGGAGUGGGACGCCGUUCCAGACGACGCUGGAGAGAGAGCGAAGAGAGGCGGUAGACGGCCCACUGAGCCAGAUGAAUUUGACACGCUACCCCGACGAGUGUCCCGGGGCGAAUCGGGAGAGGACGAGUCCGACGUCGGUGAGCGUGGCGGAGGCGGAGGCCCUAGAGCAGCGUCAGACCGUUUGAACGCAGCGCGGGGCGGCGCCUCCCCGGAGGAGCCUUCAGAGGCUAACUGUGAGGGAGCACAACCCACUGAGGGACGCAUCGUGACCAGCUUGCCGGCGAGUCGGCCGGAGUCGCGCCCGUCCCCGUCUUCCUCUGUCGCACUCCUUGGAGUGGAGUGCCCUGGCGGCGUGCGAGGCGCAGGCGAACCCCCCAUGCGCGCUGGAGCAGUGAGAGAUGCCGAGAAAGCCGACGACGCUUCCGCCGCUCGUGCGCAGGAGGUGCGACGCCGUCGGCUCUCUGGAGACGACCUCGGCUCGGCACGGACCGGACCGCUUCCGGCGAACUCGCCUUCCGCACACGUUCUGCCCGGGCUCUUCCAUUCUUCUUUCUCGAUUGACACAGACGCUCCAGCCCCGUCUCCGCACUCGUUUCCCUCCGUGCUCUCUCCUCCAUCCUCGUCUCCCUGCUCGUUAGCGGCGUCGGUGUCUUCCGCUCCCGCAGCGUCCAACUCGCGGCGCCAUGUGCGCCCGAAUCAGAGCUCGGGGCUGCUGGCGAAGAGCGUGCUGAGGGAAGUAUGGGCUUCUCAGCAUGCAUUCCAGACGGCAGUAAAGGCGGGGAGCAAGAGCUGGCACGACCUCUGCGCCGCCACACCGACCGCCACCCGCACCGUCGGGUCUGUGUGCGUCGCCAGCGGCCUCUUUGGCAAUUAUGAGGCCGUCGUAGGCGUUCCCAUCGACUCUCCGCAAGCGUUUGAUACCGCCUUCGAUGGCGCACAGACUAACAACGCGACCCUCCUGCACUACGGCGCCGCGUAUCUUUCCACGUCUUCCUACGCGCCUCUCAGUCUCCUUUUUGACCCGCGAGGCCACAGAAAGGCCCGCGGCAUCGGGCUUCAGGAAGAGCCCACUUCCACGGAAACAGAGCAAGAGCGCAUGAUGCAAAGCGCGGAGGGGGAGUCGCUGGAUACGGAGACACAGAAGACACGCGACAGAGGCGGCCCGACCGAGGCGAGCGGAGAGCGCGUGGCAGCACUGACAAUGGUGGCAGAUGAGAUGCUCAUUGCGGAUAGAGGACGCACACGAGGGAUGCAGGGCAAGGUUACAACGUCGCUUGACUUCCGCCUAGCUCGUGCGGACGCGCUCAUGUUUACUUAUGAGUUAGACAAUCAUAAAGGGCGUUCAGAGGACCUUGACGCGUGGGAAGUGGCUGCGAUGGAAUGGGUGCAAAAGGAGAAUCACGAGAAAGCCAAGGCGCUCACGGGAGAGGUUGAGACUGCGUGGAUAUCAGGGAUGACAGCGGAUAGGGCUCAGUCCGUAGGCCGUGACCGACCAACUUCGCAAACGGUCGAAGAAGGCGGGGGCGGUUCUCGCCACGCGGCGGAUGAGCCCGUGCGAUUGCGUCAACAGCGUCAUGUGGACUCGUCUUUCGUUCCAAUGUCGGAUGCUGCGGCUAUGUCUUCCGCUUCACCGUCUCCUUUGUCUGUCUCCCGGUCUUCCUCUGCUGCGCUGAACUCCGGCCUGGACGAGCCAGAUGCGCGUUGGUCGGUGCAUAUCUUCAACUCUCAGAUCGCGUUUCGCGAGUGCGGCCUCGCGGCUGCGCGAGAGACGCCCCUGUUGCUUUACACGGUGUUUCUUGUUUCUGUCUUUCUCAUGUCUGCGUUCGCCGCUCUCGGCGUUCGUCCGCUGAGAACGUGUGUGCGCCUCACUCUCGGCGCCCUCGUUGUCACGUUGUUUUCUCUUUCAGUCAGCUUCUGCGUUUGUCAUCUUCUCUUGCGCGAGCCUGUGACGCCCUUGGCGCCCCUCGUGGUGCAUAUGCUUCUCGGCCUCGUCUGCCACAAUUCGAUUCUCACGCUUCUCCAGCUGCGGCGCUCCAGCGCGAGGGAGCUGCGGAAGGAUGAAACGCGGAGAGCGGAGAUGGCGCAGCCUCAUUAUUCUGCAUGGCCUGCGUUCGCCUCUGCGUGUGUGCAUGCGUCGCGCCCAUCGCUCGCCUCUUCAGUCUACGCCGGAAGCGUGCGCGAUGGAGCGAAUGCUGCUCAAGCGGACGGCGACGGCGUGUCUUGGGCGGGGAGUGCAGGAAACUCUCCAUUUGCGUUUUGUCCGGUAGAGCAGAUCCACGGAAGCCAGCCUCACAGAAUUUUUCCACCGGCGCCGGGUCACGCGAGUGCGCACUUCUCUGGGAGUGUCUCCGGUGACUCACGGCUGCCUCCGUCGGACAGGCCUUUCUCGUUCGACGCUCCUGGGCGCGCACCCCCUCCACGCGGGCCGUGGCCUCCUCGGAACGACAACUUGGCUUCUCUGCGCGCGGAUGGCGCGCAGGGUGCGCCGCCGGGCUUUUCGUCAGCGUCCAUCAGCCAGCAGGCAGGGCUUUACCAACUGUCAGACUGCGGGAGAGUGCCCUGGCAGCAACUUCUGCUUCGGAGCGACAGCAAGCUGCGCGCGUUGCGUCGAGUCAUCUCUUCGUCUUUUUCGUCCCUUCUGCUGAUGUCUCUCACGUGCGUUGCCGUUCUUUCGCUCACGUCGACGCUCGAUCUGCCUGCGGUCGCGUACGUCGCGCGAGCCACUGCUUGCGUUGCCGCCUCUGGGUUCAUCUUCCACCUCUUCUUCUUCUGUCCCCUCCUCGUCCGCCUCGAGCAGCCGUCGCUCGCCUUCGCGGUCGACGCCAUAGUCGCGUCGCCCGUGGUCAUUACAGUUCGCGAGGGAAGCUUGACUGGAUCCGAUCCCAGAGAGACGGGAGCUGGCGCGUCCCACGCGGCCGCUGAGAGGGCAAAAAGCGACCCAAAAGCGGCCGGAGCCGGGGGAAGCGGUCAAGCGCGACGCGACGGACGCGAAGGCGUGGAGCGCGCAUGCGUGCGCUGUCGUGAGACUGCAGCAUGGCGGCGCUCGGAGUGCCAUUCGGAAGCGACGCGGACGCAGCGAGAGCUGCACAAGCCGUUCUGGCCUCGGGAUCAUGGCCCUGUGUCGCCGCGCUCGUCACUCUCUUUUAUCGACCAAACAUGCGCGCCGCCGCGUGCAGUUCAGCCUCAACUUGGAGGCCCGGCGUUCUGCCAUGGCAGCGACUUCGGCGCGCACGAUUCGGAGGACUCGCUGAGUGACUCGAGCUCCUGUUCGGCACAGCCUGCGUGGCCGCCGGCCGAUUUGGGCUGCAGGCACUUGCCGUCUGCCUUCUGUGGGCGCCCGCUUCCUGUGGACAGCGCGCCUGUGUUGCCGCCUCUGAUCUCUGGACUCCAGGUGUUCCUUCACUCUCCGGCGUGUCUGGACGUGCCUUGUGCGUCGCCGUUCGCGAGCUGUCCUUCACGGGCAGGCGACUCCGUUCGCGGCGAUGCCCUCGAUGGGGCGGCGACUCCCCCGCUGGACCUCCACGCGACCGGGUAUGACCGCGUCGCCGGUCCUGCCACGCUGCCGCCCGCCUUCGUCACGCGCGCGAUCGUCGCUCGCCCGUCGGCAGAAGUGGACUCCGAGGACUCUUUGGGCUCCAGUGGAGCGUCUGACCGCCUCGUGGGAGGGGACGCGUCUCCAGGCCCCGCGACGGGGACGGCGCGGACGCAGCCGUCGCCGACGAGAAGCGGAGACGCGAGUGUGGAACUAUCGGGGGAAGCCACACCGGCGAUGCAGGCGCUUCGUGGAGACGCGCCCAGCGCGGCAAGGCAGAUCCAGCAGAGGCGCGGAAGGGCGACGCCCGCCCGCGAACUCGCCAGCCAGUAUGCUGCAAGCGACAACGAAGCAGAAGUGGUGAGCGCAGACUCUGACGACUCCUUUUCGCUAGCCAAAGAAGAUGCCGAUAUCGCUGGCAUACGCGCGCUUGAGCGUCAUGUGACGGAGGCGCUUCUGCCUAACCAAGACGAGGAAAUAGACGCGCGCGCCACGUCUCCAGGAGGCGGCCCCUUCCGAGUGGACAGCUUAGUCGCACGCGCGUCUCAGCGUGGGGCGAGUGCUCACGCAAAUCCUUCCGCGGGAGGGACCCGCCCUCUCGGCGCCAGCGCCGGUGUCGAGCGCCUUUCGAGCCGAGAAAGCGAUGGCGGAGAAAGCGGUGCGGACACGCCGAGCGGCGACGAGAGACGAUGCGGCUGCCCCGGGGGUACAGAGCACGGAGGCAGGGGCAGGGCUGGCAGAACACAGGCGGGAAAUGAUGGAGACGCGGCGCCCCUAGAGAGGGAGAGAGUGCCCGGAGGCGGAGACGCGAAACGAAGGGCAGGCGCGAGUGAGAGCGUGAUGCCUUGCACUCAAAACAGACAACCCGGGGAGACGGCCGACGCGGUGCGACGCGCGGCGGAGGCGAAAGGAGAAGAGAGAGGCCCGAAUCGAGGACGGAGGGGAGAGCGACAACGAAGAAGAGAACGAAAAGGGAUACGAGUUUGGGAUUUCUUUGCGCGAAGGCGAAACAGGCGGAUCGUAAUGACGCUGUUUUCCCUCGCCACGGUGACCAGCGGUUUACUGUGCAGGCACCUGAGCCCCUUCUUCGAUAUCCUUCCUUUUCUCCGCCGCGAUGCUCCGCUGCUUUCCUUCUUCAACGCUGUCGCAUUCUUCUGGCCGGCGGGUAUGCCCUCUGCGGCUUUUCUGGUCCUCCCCAGUGAAGACCAGUUCGAGUACAGAGAGGCCAAACAACGACAGAGAAUCAUCACUUUCUUGGAGGAGCUCGAGGCCCUGCCCGAAAUUCAGGGCUCUUCGAGGUCUUGGAUUACCGACUUGGAGGCUCACGUGAAUGGGACCGCCUCAGCGGACGCCUCGGGUCACGUUCCUCCGGCGAUCGUGCCUGAGUGCCCCUACCUCCCCGCGAAUACGACCGCCCGCCGCGCGUUCCCGUUCGACUCUGCAUUGCACUUCAAUUCGCGGCUUCGAGAGUGGAUUGCGGACGGCGACAACACGGUGUGCGCUCUGAGUUCACUCGAGCAGAACGACACCGAGGCGACUGCGAGCGAGAAGGCGCCGUGGCUCAAGAAUGUCGUUCCUCCUCUCUACAAAUCCGCGUAUAUUCGGCUCUCGAACAACGACACCCGGAUUGAGGCGAGCUGCAUCCUGCUGACGACUCUGUAUCGCCCUGAUAAUCCUCUCGCAAACGUAGAGACGAAGCGAAAGCUGGAGAGAAUGGUUCAAGAAAAACUGAGCCUGGAUGGCGCGUUCAUUUAUGCGAACUGGUUCGAAGAAGCCGAACGAGAUGAGCGAAUCUUCGCAACGGUGUGCAAGCAGCUUCUUCUGGUGGCGGGCGGCCUCGGCCUGCUUCUCGCCUUCCUCAUUUCCCCGGCGGGGGCUCUCUUCGUGUCUCUUCUCCUCACCACCACUUCACUCAUGAUCGCUAGCUGCCUGGUGAUCCUGGGUGCGUCUAUUGAUGUCAUCUCUCUUCUCGCUUUGUUCAUGUGCGCCACCUUCGCGGCGGAGUACGGGACGCACGUUGUUUACCUGUUUCUUCACACAAGCGAAGCACGAAGUCAAGCUGGCUCGCGGGUCCCCCGUGUUGUGUGGGACGGGGAGCGCUGGAAAAGGCAGCCGCGCCAGCUAGCCCACCCAGCGACAGCGGUUAAACCCAGCCGACGAGCGGCGAUCCGAGUUUGGAAAUGCGCUCGCAGAGCAAUAUCAACUCUCGCGUUAUCAGCUGCUUCCAAGUUUGUCGGAAUUUUUCUCUUGAUCUUCGCCCGCAAUUUCGCCUUCAGAGCAUUUUGUUUCCUCACGGGGCUGGCCCUUUUUGUGUCAGCGGCAGCUGCAGCCAUCGUCGGGCCCAUGCUUCUGUAUUAUCUCGAGCCGCUCUUCCCGACGUUCGUUCCCUCGGGAAGGCAAACUCGCUCGGGGAUAGUUUACUGA